GGGAGCCCAAGGGGGCUUGAAAGUGGGUGAGCAAGGUCUGUGAAGGCGAGCCCUGGGAGGACACGUCUAGGCGUUGAGGCAAGGGGACACAAGAGAAACUUAGAGGCUGGGGGUUUACAAUAGCGGCAGUGCUGAGGACGGAGGUGGAGCAAGGUGAAAGUUUCUGGAGAAUGGAGGCCUGGAGUAGAAGCCUGGUGCAAGCGUGGAGUGGGCCUGGCUUUUUGAAGAUUUCAGCUUAGAGUAGGGUCAGAAGCAUUUUCAGUGGAGUUGUUGGCUCACAGCAGGACACGCUCUAGGGAGUCGUGAAGGAAUGCGGAAUGGGAGAGAAGGGAUUUAGAACUGGGGAGAAUUCCCUGGACCAUCACCAUCCAGGACCAUCCAGCUGCUUUUUGACUACCUUCGGCAUUGAUGGGGAGCUCACCACUUUACACAGCAGUCCAUUAGGCGCAGGGAGUGGGAAACUUCAUUGAUCUAUCCAUGCAUCAAUCCAACACUGGUUGGAUAUAUCCUGUGCUAACUCUGGGGUUACAAAGACCGCUAAGACUCACCCCAUCUCCAAAUUAGUCACAUCCUAGGGAGGGAGACCUAUGUGCAACCCAGCAAUUGCAGCAAAGUAUGUUAAAACUAGAAUGGAGGUGUACACAAAGGGGACCAAAGUGGGCGUUCUCCUAAAGAGCAGUUAAAUAGGAUUACUAAGGGAGUAACUUCUUUGCAACAAAAAGAUGAACAGGAGUUCUCCAGGAAGGUAUCAGGGAAAGGCAUGCCUGUUUGAGGGAACAGUUGUGCAAACUUGUUGGCUGGAGCUAGCUGGGAGUGUUUCAGAGAAUAGCAGGUAGGUAAACAUAACAGUGACAAACAAGGGUGUUUUGUAGAACUGGAUGGAGAGGCACAGGAGUUUGAACUUUGUCCAUAGGCUGUGGGGAGUCAUGGCAGGGCUGUAAGCAGGAAGAGCCUGCUCCGAUCUGAGUGGGCAAAAUGGCCAGAAGUGGCCUGAACUGCAUGGAGUGGAGCCUGUUGCCUCCAGCCACAGAGGAGAUGACGGUGCAGGCGGCUGUGGUGAAGGGCCGCUUCAUGGGGGACCCCUCACAUGAGUAUGAGCACACCGAGCUGCAGAAGGUGAACGAGGGCGAUAAGGUCUUUGAAGAAGAAGUAGUGGUCCAGGUCAAGGAAGAGACCCGCUUGGUGUCUGUCAUUGACCAGAUUGACAAGGCUGUGGCUGUCAUCCCUCGUGGUGCCCUGUUUAAGACCCCUUUUGGACCCGUCCAUGUCAAUCGGACCUUUGAAGGACUGUCCUUGUCUGAAGCUAAGAAGCUCAGUUCCUACUUCCACUUCAGGGAGCCUGUUGAGCUGAAGAACAAGACCUUGCUUGAGAAGGCUGACUUAGACCCCUCCCUGGACUUCAUGGACUCCUUGGAGCAUGACAUCCCCAAAGUGGAACCUUGCCCCAGGGCCUGGCUGCCCAAGGCGCUGGCUCCACAGCCCCAGGCCUUGCCUCCUCCCCAGGGUCCUGGAGCGUCCAGAUGGAGCGAGGCCGUGCCCUGGUGGUGCUGCGCAGCCUGCUCUGGCCAGGCCUCACCUUCUACCAUGCUCCCCGCACCAAGAACUGUGGCUACAUCUACGUGGGCACCGGUGAGAAGAACAUAGACUUGCCCUUCAUGCUGUAGGAAGGGCCAGCCCGGGGACUUCUGUUGUAGAAUGUAAACAUCAUUUUCAUACAUUUCAGUGAACUUG